GGGUUGAACCUUUUUAAUCAUCACAAUUUUUUGUUGUUGAAAUGACGUGGAAACGAUGAUGAUUCAACCAGUUUUUACCCAAUGGGAUGCAACUGUGUUCUGUUUCUCAGAACUGUGUUUUUGUGUCUUUUAGGUGGGCAGGCUAGACAAAAUCUUGGGAGUUUGACCAUGGCAUCUGGAUAGAAUAGCUGUGACAGGUUUGCUCCCUUGACCUUAAUUAAGUAGCUCCACAAACAGAUUAUUAGGUAAGAUUACAUCAGAUUAGGCUACAUAAGGAUUAAGUAAGAUUACAUACGAUUGGAAUCUAUGACUAAAUGAACUCACUAAUCUUCUAAAAUAAUUUAAGAGCACAUAGCCAAUGAACAGAUGGAAAAUAACAGAUUUCAUGGACUCAAUGCUAUUGAGAAUCAAAAUUAUGAUUGACAAUUUUUAUAUGAAUAGGUCACCAUGGGGGUCUCGAAUUGAAAUACAAAUAUGUAAGAAAUGAAUGUUGUAGAUAUUAUCAAUUUAAUAAAUUAUACUGAUUAAGAUGCCUUGCAAUUCAGUUAACUUGAUAGGUAACAUGUAUAAUUAACUCAAGCAGGGACCAACAUAUCUGUAUCUGGUACAAUAUGACUUACCAUUUUGAAUAAGCUGAUUAACUAACUGGCCUGUUGGGAUAAACUGCCAGUGGGAGGACAGUGUUGCAGGCACUAACUUGGAACUGGUCAAGGUCGAAAGGUUUGUGUGCGUGCCGGAAGAUUAACAAAAUCCACCAGAAAAGGACUUAUUGUUGAAAUUGUAUGUAGAAUUUUUUUUAACAAAAAAACAGCUGUCUCAUUGAUGUGAGAGCCAAGUCCUUAGCUCAGCACUAUAUAAAGGGAGAAUGUCUUCUCUCUGCACAUUACAGCCACAGGCAUCCAGAGUAACCAGGAUGUUGAACAUCAGCAAGGUUCAGCUGCCUUUGCAGGUUCCUACCUUCUCCAGAUCCUCCGAUAGGCUUCUUCAGCCUCUAUGGGACUAUUUCCUUUUCAACCACUACUUUCUCAUCUCCUCUCCCUUCUUCCCUGUCAUACUCUGCUUCUCCAGUUACUUCUUCUCCAGUCUCCCCUUUGCUGUACUAGACCUCCUGGGAGACAAGGUCCCCUCCAUUCACCACUACAAGAUCCAGCAAGAGAGACGUCCAACCAUGAGGAUGAUGGCAAAGAGCUUCGGAAGGGCUGUGUAUAACCACUUGAUCUUUGUUCUGCCUGCUGUGCUGACUCAGACCUGCUUUAUGCCUUCAGUGGUGCUGCCUUCCAGUGCUCCAACUGUGGUAGAGGUUCUCAUUGAUGGACUUGCUGCCCUUCUUCUUUUUGACACCCAGUACUAUAUGUGGCACUUUGUGCACCACAAGCAUCCACAACUGUAUCGGUGGGUCCAUGCCAUCCACCACGAAUACAUGGCACCCUUUUCCUGGAACACCCAGCAACUCAGCAUUCCAGAACUGAUAACUGUGGGAUUCUGGAGCAACCUGGACCCCAUCCUGCUGAAAUGCCACCCUUUUACUACCUGGUGCGUCACCAUCUUCAGUAUCUGGAUGUCAGUGGAGGACCACAUAGGCUAUGACCUGCCAUGGGGUCUCAACCACCUGGUACCAUUUGGUCUGUUAGGAGGAGCACCAGCUCAUGACAUGCACCACCAGAAGCCCAACAGUAACUAUGCACCUUUCUUCAGCCACUGGGACAGGCUAUUUGGCACUGCCAUCCUGCCAGGGAAAAUAACUGAGAAAAAAGUUGUGUAUUCACUGUAAAUAGGACCAUUCACUAUCAUUUUGAUUACCCUCAUGCUUACAUGUUCGAAUAAAUGUAUUUGUUUUUAUUAGUAAUUUACUGACAUCAAUUGUAUUAAAAUGUACUAAACUUUUA